GCGCCCGUGGCACGCUGGGAAAUGGAGUCCCCGCCUCAGACCGGUGACGGCCAUGCGGUGUCGGCCCGGCCGCGUCUCCGAUCYCCGGCUGAAGCAGCGGAUCAAGCAGUAUCUUGCAAGUAGUAAGUGUGGCCAGUAUGUUGACAUUGGAAUUCUAGCAUCUGAUUUGCAGAAAACCUACAGUGUUGAUUAUGGACGAAGAAAAAGAAAUGCCUUUAGAAUACAAGUUGCAAAGGUAUUUGAAAUAAUCAGUAAUGAAAAAGAACGUGAAGAUUUGGCAGUUUUAGAAUCUGAUCAUGUGGCAAAAAGAGCAAGACAACAAGAGAAAAAUGAGAYUACCGGAAGUGGCACAGAUGACUCUGAUUUUGAUGAUUAUCCAGAAGAUCUAUCUACAAAUCAUAUGAACAGUUCCCUGYUGAGCUUAUACAAGAAAGGAAAUCCUGACUCUGUUCCAACCACUCCAAAAAAUGACCCAGUGGAAACCCCUCCUCCUGAGAGAACAGCGCCUCAAACAAGCACCCUCACAUCAGCAGCAAGAGGUGAAAGAUGGAUCUCUGAUGGUGGCUGGUUCAUUGACAAAACUCCUGAUGGGAAAGACUUUUUCAUUGACCUCUCUGAGGAUGAAGGAGAGGAAAAGAAACUGAUUUCUGAGAAAUCAACAGAAUUUUCUGUCUUGGARAGUGAAAGAAAGAAGACAAAGGGAAGGAGAGCAAAAAGGAAAAAAGAAGAAUUUCGAGAUGUAGAUGGAGAAAUUGAAUCCAURUUACGUAAGAAAGUGAGAAGUAAGGGAUCRGAGCUUUACCACCCUUCAGUGAAGUUUGAGGAUGUGGGAGGCAAUGAUGAAACAUUAAAGGAAAUAUGCAAGAUGCUCCUUCACAUCCGUCAUCCUGAGGUCUACAGCCACUUAGGAGUGGUUCCACCUCGGGGCUUCCUUUUACAUGGCCCACCAGGAUGUGGGAAGACACUGCUGGCACAGGCAAUUGCUGGGGAACUUGAGCUCCCGAUGUUGAAAGUGGCAGCAACAGAGAUUGUGUCUGGAGUGUCAGGGGAAUCUGAGCAGAAACUGAGGGAACUGUUUGAGCAGGCUGUGUCCAGUGCUCCCUGUGUCCUUUUCAUUGACGAGAUUGAUGCAAUCACCCCAAAGAGAGAAGUCGCAUCGAAGGACAUGGAGCGCAGGAUUGUUGCUCAGUUCCUGACUUGUAUGGAUGAUUUGAAUAAUGUGGCUGCCACUACCCAGGUCCUUGUUAUUGGAGCAACAAACAGACCUGACUCACUGGACCCUGCACUGAGRAGAGCUGGGAGAUUUGACAGAGAAAUUUGUUUAGGGAUCCCAGAUGAAGGGGCAAGAGAAAAAAUUCUUCAGACUUUGUGUCGAAAACUUAAGCUCCCAGAGUCGUUUGAAUUCCGUCAUUUAGCACGGCUGACUCCGGGAUAUGUGGGGGCUGAUCUGAUGGCCCUGUGUCGUGAGGCAGCCAUGUGCACUGUCAACAGGAUCCUCAUAACAUCUGAGCAGCAGAGGAGGAAACUCAUGGACACUGGGGGCAACAAACCUGAAGGAAGCAUGGGGAUAGGGACAGACAUCCUGGUGGAAGAGUCCACCAAACAACCAGAACUUCCUCCUAAGGAUGAAUUGCAGAGACUUUUGGAUCUGCUGAAGGAGCAAGACCCCUUGCCUGAGGAACAGCUGCAGAAGCUGUGCAUUGAGAUGAAUGAUUUUAUUGUUGCACUGUCAUCAGUGCAGCCCUCUGCCAAGAGAGAAGGCUUUGUCACAAUUCCUGAUGUGACAUGGGCAGACAUCGGAGCCCUGGAGGAUGUUCGGGAGGAGCUGACUAUGGCAAUAUUGGCACCUGUGCGAAACCCAGAGCAGUUUAAAGCUCUGGGCCUGACUACUCCAGCUGGUGUCCUGCUUGCAGGGCCUCCAGGGUGUGGCAAAACACUGUUAGCUAAGGCUGUGGCAAAUGAGUCUGGACUGAACUUCAUAUCUGUAAAAGGUCCUGAGCUGCUAAAUAUGUAUGUUGGUGAAAGUGAACGUGCUGUACGUCAGGUGUUCCAGCGUGCCAGRAAUUCAGCCCCCUGUGUUAUAUUCUUUGAUGAAGUUGAUGCUUUGUGCCCUCGGAGGUCUGACCAUGAAUCAGGAGCCAGCGUGCGSGUGGUGAACCAGCUCCUGACAGAGAUGGAUGGGCUGGAGAAUCGGCAGCAGGUUUUCAUCAUGGCUGCCACAAACAGGCCAGAUAUAAUUGACCCAGCUAUCCUGCGUCCUGGUAGGCUGGAUAAAACACUCUAUGUGGGUUUGCCACCACCUGAAGAUCGACUCGCUAUUUUAAAGACCAUCACCAAAAAUGGCACUCGGCCUCCACUAGAUACUGAUGUAAGCCUUGAGGAAAUUGCUCACAGUCAACACUGUGAUUGUUACACAGGGGCAGACCUUUCUGCUCUGGUGCGUGAGGCUUCCAUUUGUGCCUUGAGACAGSAAAUGGCCGUGCAGAAUACUCAAAGCAAGAAGGGAGAAAUCAGGAUUUCUCGUAAACACUUUGAAGAAGCUUUUAGGAAAGUGAAAUCUUCAGUAUCCAAAAAGGAUCAAAUAAUGUAUGAAGAACUGCAUCAGUCACUGUGCAGGUGAUACAUUUGGACAAUUCCCAAAGGAGACUUAUUCUACACUGGUGAAGAGUUCUGCAAUUCCUGUGCCUGUUUUCAAGAGACAGGUUGGAAAGAAGCUGUACUAAAUCCAUCUCUCAACUUUUURUACUGCACCUGGAAGAAAGGUCAUCACAGCCUACUGCUCCAAAGCAUCCUUAAUUUAACUUCCUGAAUAAAACAUACAAUAUUUGCUUCCUCUUUAUAACCAUUUACAUUUUCAAAUGAAAUCUUUUUGUGUUAAAAAGUGAACUAUUUGGUGUCCUGAAUCAGAAAUCUCUGAGGCACAGGCUGACCCUUCCAAGUAUUUACACUGCUCAAAUAGCUAUUUUCAACCAUCAGUGAAAAUUGCUCUGUUUUCCAGAACAAGGACACUGAAGAAGCACUGGGAGGRCAGAGCUGUGAAAGCAGGCUGGGAAAGUGCUGCAUUGCAUGUUAUCACACCAUUAAUCAUGCAUUUUCUGAGAACCCUGACACAUGAUUGUGCCAGGACAGGUUCUCAGAGCUGCUAACAGCUUCCUUGCACCUUACCAAAAUAAACUGUCCACAGAUGGCAAGCUGGGAGGGUUACCUAGGAGGGAGUMAAGUUUGGAAAUAUGACUGCCCCAAUGAUACUAUGAUUCAACCUAGGAAACAUUUAAGUUGAGGUAGUUAACGAGCUGGGUCUUAAUUAUUUCUCCUUAAACAGAUAACUUUGUAACAACAAAGAAACUUUCUUACAGUAUUCUCUGGAGAAAGCAAAAUGUUAUGUUUUAAAAAGCAGACCAAGAGCCUUUUUUUUUUUAAUACAAGAAAUUCCAUCUUGGAAAGGUCAUAACUUUCAGCAUCAACAAAUUGGGAGACUUAAGCAAAACACUGAAAAGUGUCACAUUAUUAAACCUACAAGCCUUAAGGGAAUAAUCCCAAUGAAAUAGUGUUUGUAAGCAACAUCUAAUCUGUAAGCACCCUCCCUACUUAAACAUUUAAGGAGAUAAUUUAAUCUUCUACUUGAAUUCAUUUAAACAAAUAUCCUCAACAACCAGAUCURACUUUAAAGACUGACCUCAGUAGASAACAGUAUUCUCUUGAUAGUACAUCUUAAAUUCUUCUCASAAUUGCCAGCUAACACAAAAUCUUGCUGCACCUUUUUAAAGGUACAUGUUGAAGGCCACCUCCUGUAACUAAUGGCCAAAAACUUGCAUUUUAAAAAGURCUGACACUGAUGGCAGCUUGUUCUUAUCCCCGGGAUUUUUGCUCAACAUGGCAUGACAUUCCCUCCCUGUCCUAAGGACGCUGGAGCCUCAGUGACUCAAAUUCUGACUCAUAAGACUAACAAAUUAAGUCCCUGUAUAUAAAGCAGAGGAUGAUGAUGUGCCUGCUUUUAAUUGUAAAWCAGGCUU